UGACCACAUUAUUUAUUUCUACUUUUUACCUGGAACCUGCAAAAAAAAAAAACGAAUAUUUGUGGUAUAAAUGCUAGUUGGGUUUGGUUCGGUUCAGUUUGAUAUCUUUUAGAUCGGUUUCAUAGUCAUUUGGUUUUGGGUGGGGCAUUACGUAAUUAACCUGUGUUAUCUCUGGUUGUGCGGAGUGAAGAGGAAUCUCAGAGAGUGGAACGGAAGUCAUCAAAUUUUCUUCUCUGCUCCUUUGUAGAGGUUUCUAGGUUUCUAGAAGGUUCUUCGAUUUGUCAUCAUGUCUUCUCCUCUAAUAGUCCAUGGAAGAAGAAGGUUCUUUGAGUUGCAGAAAUGGCGUCAUUCGAGAUCCGCAGUGCAAAAUGCAUCUCCUUUCUCCUCUGCUGCAAUUGUGAGUGGAAAAGGUCAAAACUUUACAGUCUCUACUUACCUCGUUGAGUCUCUGGGUUUCACCACAAAACUCGCAGAAUCCAUCUCCAGGAAGGUGAAUUUUAAGGACAUCAAGGUUAACCCAGAUUCUGUUCUGGAUCUCUUCAGAACUCAUGGCUUCACAGAUUCUCAGAUCUCCAGUAUCAUUACGGGUUACCCGCACGUGCUUAUAGCAGAUUCUGAGACAUGUCUUGCUCCUAAGCUUCAGUUUUUAAAGUCAAGAGGAGCUUCAACCUCUGAGCUCACCGAGGUUCUUUCAAAAGUUCCUAAAAUCCUGGUUUCCAAAAAGGACAAAGCUUUAAGUAUAUACUAUGAAUUUGUCAAAGAUAUUGUAGAAGCUGACAAGAGUUACAAGUUCAAGAAGUUGUCUCCUUCUUCUUCUUUGCUGCCACAGGGUAGUAAACAGGAGAACAAGAUGAGGAACUUAUCAGUCUUGAGAGAACUGGGCAUGCCUCAGAAAUUGUUAUUCUCAUUGCUAAAAUCCGAUUUCCAGCUUGUAUGCGGGAAAGACAAGUUCGAAGAGUCACUCAAGAAGGCCCUUGAGAUGGGUUUUGAUCCCACCACCCGUAGGUUUGUUGAAGCUCUGCACAUGCUUCACGGAUUGAGCAACAAAACAGUAAAAGCAAGAGUUAAAGUCUGUAAAAGGCUAGGCUUUACUGUGGAGGAGGUGUGGACAAUCUUCAAGAAGUGGCCAAUCUUCCUGGGAUACUCGGACAAGAAUAUAGCUGACUCUGUUGAGACAUUCGUAGCCCUGGGCUUCAGCAGAGAUGAGUCUGUUUUGAUUGUCAAGCGCUUUCCUCAGUGCAUUGGAUUAUCUGUUGAGAUGGUGAAGAAGAAGACUGAGUUUGUUGUGAAGGAGAUGAAUUGGCCACUGAAGGCUGUGGCUUCCUACCCUCAGGUGUUUGGACUUAGCAUGGAGAAGAGGAUUGUCCCGAGGUGUGAAGUAAUCAAAGCUCUAAUGUCCAAAGGAUUGCUUGGAAGUGAACUCCCUUCAAUUGGAUCUGCUUUGCUAUGUACCAAUGAUACGUUUUUAGAAAGUUGAAUACACCGGAGACAUCAUCUUUUUCAUUCCCACACUUUUGGUACUACUUACCUACUACCAAUAGAUCAGAGAAGUGUGAGGAGCAGAGCAGGACAAUAUCAUUCAUGGAAACUAUGGAGCCCAUCCUUUUCGACCUCCGGGCUCUAUCUAGAUAUACAUCAUGUACUUACAAGUCUCUUCAAUGGUGUUUCAAUGUGGACAUCAUGAGAUUUACCUCUCUUCAAUGGU